GAUUCUAUCGGCGCACCCGUUUGCGGAAGGAAGUUCCUCAAGCUGCAGCGUUUCCGAUUUCAAGAUGGUCGUCUGAGCUAUUUAAGUGAGACUUCCUCCACAUUUCUCCGUUUGUGUGUGUGCGUGUGUGUGUGUGUGUGUUUGUGUUUUUAAACCUGGAUAUGACGCACUAAAGGAUCCGACGGAAAUAGAACUGAAGGCGUUCUAAAAUGGCGAACCGUACGGUGAAGGAUGCGCACAGUAUCCACGGCACGAACCCUCAGUAUCUGGUGGAGAAGAUCAUUCGGACUCGAAUCUAUGAAUCCAAGUACUGGAAAGAGGAGUGUUUUGGACUGACGGCUGAACUUGUAGUCGAUAAAGCCAUGGAGUUAAGGUUUGUGGGUGGCGUCUAUGGUGGCAACAUAAAGCCAACACCCUUUCUGUGUUUGACCUUAAAGAUGCUUCAGAUUCAACCGGAGAAGGAUAUCAUUGUUGAGUUUAUAAAAAAUGAAGACUUCAAGUAUGUUCGUAUGUUGGGAGCACUUUACAUGAGGCUAACAGGCACUGCAAUUGAUUGCUACAAGUACUUGGAGCCUCUGUACAAUGACUAUAGGAAAAUUAAAAGCCAGAAUCGAAAUGGGGAGUUUGAACUGAUGCACGUAGAUGAGUUCAUUGAUGAACUACUACACAGUGAGAGAGUCUGUGAUAUCAUUUUGCCCCGCCUACAGAAACGCUACGUGCUAGAGGAAGCUGAGCAAUUGGAGCCUCGGGUUAGUGCUCUAGAAGAGGACAUGGAUGAUGUGGAGUCCAGUGAAGAGGAGGAAGAGGAAGAUGAGAAGUUGGAGAGAGUACCAUCACCUGAUCACCGCCGGAGAAGUUACCGAGACUUGGACAAGCCACGUCGCUCUCCCACACUGCGCUACAGGAGAAGCAGGAGCCGCUCUCCUAGAAGGCGGAGUCGGUCUCCCAAAAGGAGAAGCCCCUCCCCUCGCCGAGAAAGGCAUCGGAGCAAGAGUCCACGACGUCACCGCAGCAGGUCCCGAGACAGACGGCACAGAUCCCGCUCCAAGUCCCCAGGUCAUCACCGUAGUCACAGACAUAGGAGCCACUCAAAGUCUCCUGAAAGAUCUAAGAAAAGCCACAAGAAGAGUCGGAGAGGGAAUGAGUAAUGGAUUCAGUUUGGAUUUAGUCCAAAUGGCCUACUGCAGAUACGAAGGCAUCUCUCUAUGUAGAAGGAUUAAGAUCUACUUCUGGGGCAGCUAUGAGAAUAUUUUUAGUUGUUUUUUUUUUUUAACACCAAAAAGUUUCUCCACCUUUUUUUUUUUUUUAAUGAAAGAGGUGCUGAGUUUUAUAUCUUUUUUUGAAUACUAUUCCAUGUAUGAGGGAUAAUGCUCCCCAAGGGCUGCUUUUGACCCCUUUGUACAACCAACAUUGAGGAUUUGAGGAUGUAACCCACCUAGUGAUCCUUUUUUUAUUAAAUUUAAAACACCCAUUUACCAUCUUUCUAUAGUUUAGUUUUUGGGUUGCUCCAUCACUGGAGCUGUUCUGAGAAUCCUAAGAUUUGUGCAACUACUAUUACAUUCAAAGAUCAAGUUAGUAAAACAUACUAGUGCCAAGUGUUUUCCCCAGCAGUGGCAAGUGAUAGUAAACAUGAAAACUGAUUAGCAGCAGCUUUGUAAGAAAAUAAUGUAAAUGUAACGCUUCUUAUGGCUUGUUUUUAACCCAGCUGCAUCAAACAGUUCAACAAAAAGUAAAAUUUAACCCCUUUUUACAGGAUUCUUAGAGUGUUGUUUCUUCUACACAAGCCUUGAAUUACAGAUUGAGAUGUUUAGCCUUUAUUCUACGAGAACUGGCAUUCCAAUCUAGCCAAUAGCAGUAGACAAGAUUGAAAAGGUUUGAUGAAGAGAAAUUAGCACCACUCAGGGUUCUGACCUGAAUUGUUGGAAAAUAGUGCUAUUCACAAAGCCAGAAAAUAUAGCUGAGAGAGACCAGGUUUUACCGGGGCAGUUAGUGAGAGUUGUGGUAGUGAGAAUGAUGCAUUCAGUUUAACUUAAAAGUUUAAUUUGAGACAGCUAUGGUGUAUCUAGACAAACCCCAGACAGUUGGAAAUACGGACUGGAGUUGAGCAUAGUGAUCUAGCCAUGAACUGACAAUGUUUAGGUAAUUAUGGAUGUGUAGAAUUAGACAUUGCCCAGGGAUUGUGUGUAUACGUAGGGAAAAACAACAAUCACAGGCAAGAGCAACACUGGUGAGAAGAAGAAGUGCAAUCACGAUUAAAAACUGAAAUGAACCAUUCAGAAAGAAUUAGAAGAGGUCUAAGGAUGCAGGAGGAAAGUAAGGACUCAAAAAUAUUCGUGAGCAUUAAUAAUCAAGAGGGUAUCACAAUCUUUGCUAGAAAAGACUUACCUUCCUCCUUUAAAAAUGGAAAACUGAUUGAAUGGCUUCCUGCAGCUCUGGUCCCAGCAAGAAUUCUGAAUACCAACUGCCUCAACAUAGGAUGGAUCCAGUUUCCUGGGAAGCCGUAUCUGGUCACAGAAUUCAUAUUCUAUUGCUUGUUUGAAUGGAAGGAUUUUUGCAGCAAUUUUAAGUUAUAUAGGUAUAAUGCUUGUGAUUUCAGAUUCUCCAGUGACGACUCUUGGUGACACUGGCUAAUAAAAGUCCACCAGAGCUAUUAUGGUUUAUCAUACAACUAUAUGUGAUUGCCUUUAAAAAUUAAAAUAAGCACCUCUAUUUGCAUUUGUUAUAGAGUCUCAGCAGUUAUUACCAGUGAUUUAGGUAGAAAGAAAUGUCUUUUGGCUUCAUAACCUAUGGACCAACCAAGUCAUCAUCUAGUAUAUUGUUAAAGUAUUUAUAAAGUUCACUUUAAAAUGAAAACUUUUAAAUGUCUGUCUUAAAAAACCCGAACAAUUUUUAGUAACAGAAGCAAACCUACACAAACGAACUGUCAAGUGAAAGCAUAUUUAUUAGGCAUAUCAUAAAAUCUGGACUAAAAUGGGGCACCACAGCCAACCUAACCCAUAGCAGGAAGCAGCUUGUCCCUCUCUUGUUAGUACAAAGAAAAUAGUGGGAUGUGAUGAACAUCUAUCUGGAGGUUCUGAUAAAUUAGAUUUGCAGAAGAGAUGGAGCUUAAGGGCCAUUUCUGUCAUUUGCUGACCAGCCUAGUAAAUGAGGCGCUGGAACUGUAACUUUAUAACUGA